AUAAUGUAUUUAUCCUUUCCUAUUUAAAGGCUGUAAGAGGCAAUCAGUUUUUUUCCAUUUUGCACAGUCGCUGAUUGUUUCUUGUCGGACGCGUAAAGGAACGGAAACUAAACAGCCACGUAGUAAAAGGCGAAGCUGACCGAAAGGAUUAAACUGCUCCUCGCCACAGACAUGUUCCUGGGUAGUGUCCAUCACCAGAAGAUGGUUUAAACAAGACCUACUUUGCAAUAAAAGACCUGCAGUGCUGUGACUGUUCCUCUUCUCAGUGGAAGUGGAUAGUGGCCAAUCAGAGGUUGUUGAGAUGGAGGCCAGUCAAGAAGUCCACGUUGUAAGAUGCAAGGAAGAGGAAGACUUCACGGUGGAAUGUAACACGACAUUACAAAAAGGGCUAGAAAACAUCCUGAAAACAAAUGAAAUUCUAAAUGGUCCUCGCACUUCAGAUGUGAUGCCAAAUGGAAACGGCCCAACAGAUGGCUUUGGUGCUGCAGGAGGCACCCUCGCAAACGGAUCUCCUCCACCGAGCAGCAGCUCCCAGGAGUCAUCCCCAGGUGUGGCUGCUUAUCCACCCACGAUGGUAGAGAAGGCUGAGGGGUCUAGUGCAGAGGUCAUGGUUCACAAGGGUGAUGCUUUGCAGUCGCUCAAACUCAGUAUGCCUAUGCAGGAGACUGAACUGUCCAACCAGAAGCCGUCGCUAGAGAUGGAAAAUGAGGAAAAGAUUCGUAUGGAAGCUCGUCGGCGUCUGGAAGAGCAACUCAAACAGUAUAGGGUUCAGAGACAAAAGGAGAGGGCUCACCGUACCACUUCUAAAAGCAGGCCUUUCAGUACUCUAGAUCCUGAACUAAUGCUCCAUCCUGAGGCACUUCCACGGGCUAACACAGUUGCCAUGACCAAGGAGUAUUCUUUCCUCAGGACCACCGUUCCACGUGGCCCCAAACUGGGUAGCCUGGGAAUUCCCCCUUCCAAGGAGAAGAAAUCCAGAUCACCGCGCCCCAAUAAAAUUCAUUCCUUAGCGGACUACAGGUCUACUGAGAGUGAUGGUGGAGGUGGAGAGGGAGGAGGUGGUGCUGGCACUGGUGGGGACAUGACCACAGCAGAUGUCAGCCAGGGCUCCCUUCGGUCCUCCAUUAGCUCCGUGUCUACACUGUCUGAAGUCAGCACGAUGUCAGAGAGCAGCACCUGUGAGACGGACACAAAGGCUAGUACUUCUCUUCAGCUUAAUGAUAAUUUGUCAGAAAUCGAUGGCAGUGAAGCAGGAGCGAAGGCAGGGAAUGAUGGCAAUGAUAGUGACAGCUCCACCUACAGCAGCGUGUCCACAAGGGGAACCUACGGUAUGCUCUCUGCUGCAGUGGAAAGGCAACAAGGGCCGUACACAGUGGAGGGGAGGGAGAUUGCUCCUGAGGCAAUGGGUCAGUUCCCAUCCCUACAGGAGGUGCUACAGGCAGCAAGUGAUGAGCAGCAUCUGCUGGAGAUGGAGCAGGAAAGGAAUGGGACUGCAGAGCCUCGCAGCCGGAGGGACAGUUUCUCCAGCAGUGUUUCUCUGGAGAGUUCAGUGAUGGGUCACGAUGAAAUGCUCCAGGUGCUAAAAGAAAAAAUGAGGCUUGAAGGGCAGCUGGAAUCCUUGUCAUCUGAGGCCGGUCAGGCUCUCAAAGAGAAGACUGAGCUUCAGGCCCAGCUUGCAACUGUCAAUGCUCAGCUGCAAGCUAACAAACAAGAGGCAAAACUCAGCCAGGAGAAGCAAAGUGCUCUCACCACAGAAGUUGGAACGCUGCGACAAAACUGCAGCCAGCUAGAGAAGGCCAUGGUGGAGCUCCAGGGCAGCUUGGAGAGCAAGAAUGCCAGUUUGACUUCUCUCAGCAAUGACCUGAAAGUUUCUGAAGACCAAUAUAAAAGGCUGAUGGUGAAGGUGGAGGAGCUGCAAAACACUAUGACUUCAAGGGACAGCACAGUUCACGACUUGCGUCAGCAGAUGGGAGGCCUUCAGAGUCAGCUUCAGCAGGUCCAGCUGGAGCGCAACACCCUACAGAGCCGACUGAAGACUUCACAGGCUGAGAUCGACUCCCUCCAGCAGGUCAGACAGUGGUACCAGCAGCAGCUAGCAGUGGCCCAGGAGGCAAGAGUGCGACUGCAAAGUGAAAUGGCGAACAUGCAGGCUGGCCAGAUGACUCAGUUUGGUGUGAUGGAGCACUUGAAGCUGGAAAAUGUGACACUUUCCCAUCAACUGACUGAGACCCAACACCGUUCCAUUAAAGAAAAAGAGCGUAUUGCUGUACAGCUGCAAAGCAUUGAGGCAGACAUGAUGACCCAGGAGGCAGCCUACAAGCAGAUUCAAGAUGCAAAAACCAUGGUGGAAGAUGAUCUGCAGCACAAACUGGAGGAGUUUGAGGAAGAGCGAGAGCACUUGAUAAAACUUGCUAACACAGCCACAAGCCUGGAAAGAGAGCUUGAGCAGGUAAAGUUGACACUUUCCCAAAAGGACUUGCAGCUACAGUCACUUCAGAAAGAACAUCUGGAGUUGAUGCGCCAGCUGACAAUAACUCAGGAGAACCUACAAACCAAAGAGCAGUCCAUCAACCAGCUGGAAGCCAGGUACCAGGAACUGGAGGCCCAGUUGGCUGAGCUGCAGACUGAGAGCACUGCUAAGGAGGACACCAUCCAGUUUCUCCAGAAUGAAAAAAUUGUCCUGGAGGUUGCACUGCAGGCAGCCCGGGCUGACAAGAGCCAACUAGAUGAGGGAGCCGAGCGGCUGGGAGAGGACGUUCUGGUGGCUUCGGAUAUACUGGACCAGCUCAGACAAGAAGUUCAAAUCAAAGGCAAUCAGAUUGAAACUCUGCAACAAGAAAAUAAUUCCCUGAAGAAACAAGCCCAGAAAUUAAAGGAGCAGUUCCAGCAACAAAAGGUGAUGGUGGAAGCGUACCGCCGGGAUGCCAGCUCUAAGGACCAGCUCAUUAGUGAGCUCAAAUCCACCAAAAAGCAUCUGUUGGCUGAAGUGAAGGACCUGAAGCAGGAGCUGCUGAGCAUCCAGGGUGAGAAGCAGCAGGCAGAACUGGAGCAGGCCCGGUUACAGAAGGAGGUAGCAAGAGUCCAAGAGCAGAUGAACAACAUGGAAGCCCAUCUGCAAGCCAUUCAGAUUGAAAGGGAUCAGCUUGAAACCCAAAUUCAGUCUCUACAGUUCGAUCAGAGCCAGCUAGCCACUGUGACUCAAGAGAAUGAGAGCCUGAGAAAACAGGUGGAGCAAAUGGAGGCUGAAGCCAAAAAGGCCAUCUCAGAGCAGAAGGUGCGCAUGAAGAGGCUGGGAACAGACCUGACCAGCGCUCAGAAGGAGAUGAAAGCCAAACACAAAGCCUACGAGAAUGCUGUUGGUAUUUUGAGCAGAAGGCUCCAAGAGGCUCUGACUGACAAGGAGACAACAGAGGCAGAGCUGGUCAAACUCAGGGCCCAGGUAUCAGAUGGUGGAAACAACCAUGCCUUACAGGAAAAGAUUGAGGCUCUACAAGCUGAGCUGCAGGCUGUGACCAAGAGCAAGACCAUGUUAGAAAAGGAGUUGCAGGAAGUGAUCACUCUCACCUCCACAGAGCUGGAGGAUUAUCAGGAGAAGGUCCUGGAGCUUGAGGAUGAGCUCCAGGAGUCACGCUGUUUCAAGAAGCGGAUCCGGAAGUUAGAAGAUGCCAACAAGAAGUUGGCACUUGAGCUGGAACAUGAGAAAGGGAAACUUGCUGGUUUAUCACAGUCCCAUAAUGCACUGCGGGACCAUGCUAACAUUUUGGAGUCUGCCUUAGCAAAGAGGGAGGCAGAUCUUGUCCAGCUAAACUUGCAGGUCCAAGCUGUUCUUAAGAGGAAAGAAGAGGAGGACCAACAAAUGAAGCAGAUGGUUGCAACUUUACAGUUAGCUUUGGAGAAAGAGAAAACCAAAGUGAAGGACUUAAAGGAACAGGUGGCAGCAGCAAAGGCAGAGGCAGCCCACAAUAGACGGCACUACAGGGCAGCCAUGCUUGAGCUGUCAGAGAUCAAGAAGGACUUGCAGGCCAAAGAGGACCUGGUUAAAGCUCUGCAGAGCGAAGCCCAGAAGUUACAGGCUCAGGAUGACCAGCAUGCUCAGGAUGUUUCCAGGUUCCAGCAGGAGCUAGCUGAGGCUGAUUCUCAGCUCCAGAUCUUACGAAAACAACUUGAUGAGGAGCUAGCUAAGCAGCCCCUCACCAACCAAGAGGUUGAGGACCUGAAGUGGGAGGUGGAGCAGAGACAGAGGGAGAUUGAAGCACAGAAGCAGCAGCUAGAGAUGAUGGAACAGGGCCACCACAGAGAGCUGGACAAUUUACAGAUUGCACUGCAGAACAUCAAGGUGGAGCUGGACACCGUGCAGGGAGAGCUGAGCAGCACCAGAAAGGACAAGUUCAUGCUUCAGGCCAAGGUGGGUGAGCUGCGGAACAGUAUGAAGACCGUCCUACUGCAGAACCAGCAGCUCAAACAGGAGCUCAAACAGAGUCGUCUCAGGAAGCAGCGCAUGGAGUUGAAGAGUGAAGGGAACCCAUCAAACCCAGUAACCCCGGUUAAAAUCCCAGACUGCCCAGUGCCUGCCUCACUACUUGAUGAAUUACUGAAGCCGUCAACGUCUGUAAGCAAGGAACCUCUGAACAACCUGCACAACUGUCUACGACAACUCAAGGAGGAGAUGGACAGCCUCCAGAGGCAGAUGGAGGAGCACACAGUGACUGUACAUGAAUCAAUGAACUCGUUGACAUACACAGAAGAGGGACUGGCUCAACUGGGAUUCCAAAACAAUAUCUCCAACUCACCAAGCGCUGUAAAACGCGUUGUUGAAAAUAAUAAUGAAUCAGAACAGCAGCAAUCAUAACUACACAACCUUUUUCGGAGGGAAUGGGAGAGUAUUAUCCACACAGGCACUUUUGAGCCCCUUACUCCCUUUCUCUUAGAAAUUGCUGCCAACAUUUGGCAAUUCUCCCACUAGCACACAAGUGCUUUUGCAGAGUAAUACUUUCUAUACCAUAGCUUUAUUCUUUUGUUUUUAUUUUGUGGGUUAAAUUUGUUAUGUAUUUGCCAUGUUUAUUUAUUAAAAUUUCUUAAAUUAGAAUAUUUAAAAUGAACAAUUUCCUUAUACGGAUCCUCCAUCUUUAGUUUUAUUCCAUUGGUUCCCUCACAAAUUAGCGGUUUUCUUCUCUAGAUUCCAAUAAGUCCUCCUUGUAAAAUCAGUUGCAUUGAUGCUGCUUAAUGAUGAAAUCCUAAUUCUAAAAAGUGUUUUUGAUGACAGAAACUACAACCUGUUCUUCCAUUUAUUUGUGCCUGUUUACUUGGAAUGUUGCCCAUCUAUUGUUUUGCUAAAAUUGAUUAACAUCAUUGGUUUGUAAUGAAACUCACUCCUGUUCGUAAAGUUAGAAGUCAUGUACAGUUAAGCUCACAUAUUUUUUGAUUGCUUCUUGUUAAAAUGCAGUGUUUGUAAGGUAAUCAUAUCAUCCUUCAUUUCCAAACUGUAAAAAAAAAAAUGUCUCAGUUAUGUUUGUCUAACAUGGACUAAAGUAAUUUGUAUGCAAAAAAGCCUUAAGCAAUGUUUGAAAUUCUGUACAGGACUUGGUUUUUUGGAAUGACUGUUUUUUUUCUGGUCAGGGUGUGUGCAAGAUGAGAUGUUAUUGUAUAGGUAAACUAAUCCUUACUGAAGAGCUGUCUAUUGUAAGUAAAACACAUGAAGUGAUGUUGCACACUAGAUUAUCAAAACUGAACUGACGAAACAAGCUGUAAAAAUGACAUGUAAAGUUACAUCUAAUAACAGGUGCAAUUGCUUGUUUAUUUUUGAUUGUUACAUUUGGUACUUUCCAAAAAAAGAAAAAAACAAAUUCACCAAUGUUGGACUGUUUAUGGGGUUAUGGGAAAGUUCAGUUUUUCAGAGGGGUUGUAAUUUCUGCAUGCAGUUGUCCUGCAGCCCCUGUGUUCCAGGAUCAUAACUCCUUUGUCCUAUACCACUUUAUUCUUAUAAAGGAGACAAAAAUAAUGCCUAUUUUGGGCAUUAAGAUCAUAUGUACUCAGAUUAUAUUAUAAAAUUAUUUUGGGUUGUCUGCAUACUUACCCUGGCUGUUUUUUUUUUUUCUCUAAAGACUGGAAUUAUUCCUGAUUAAACAGUGGUGUUGGGAAAUGUCAUUGCAUUCACUAUAAAGAAAAUUGCACUAUUUAUAUUUCA